AUGUUUUCAAGUGUUUCCAAAUCUAAUUUAAAUGUCGCGAAAAUUGCAAAACAGCAGCGUCUCCAAGCCGAGGAAAACGCUGCUGUUCAAGCAGCAAGUAUGGAGAGAAGAGUUGCUUUUCGGCCUCCUCCAAUUGGUGAAUCAAGGAGCACGACGAUCACACAUGAUUCCGGGUCCAAUGCCGAUACUUACAUGAGGCUUAAUGUUGGUGGAAAAUCGUAUUACGUUCGUGCGGAACUCUAUACAUCUGAAUGGACAAGAAUGCAUGAAUUACUUGAUUCAAGUCACGAAGAAAGGUUAAAAAUGGUGGAUGGGUUUGAUUCUAAAACCGGAGAGUACUAUCUGGAAAGAAAUGCCAAAUUGACUGACCAUGUUAUGGAUUUUUUUGUGACAGGAAGCUUACAUAAACCACAAAAUGUUUGUGUCGAAAGAUUUAAGGAGGAAUUAGAGUACUGGAAGAUAAAACCAGAUCAGCUCUCAACCUGCUGCCAAAUCCCCAGUGAGCAUCAUGUUCGUAAACUUUCACGUGGAACGUCAUUCAAUGAAGACGACUAUGUCACAGAUUUCGAUGGAGCGUGUUUCGCAGGACCACGUCUCGCAAUGUGGAAAUUCUUGGAGGAUCCUCAAUCAUCUGUAUUCGCUGCCGUAUUUGCUUUGCUAUCUGUGUUUUUUGUUUUUGCAUCAGUCGUUGGUCUUAUUCUUGGCUCAAUGCCAGAGUUUCAGGCAGACUCGUCUAAUGCAGCAACUUAUCAUGUUAUGCAUGUCAGGAGUCGACCGAAUGAUUAUGGAAAUAAAUUUGGAAACGACGAUGACGUGGCGCCCAAUGAGCUGCUCAAGGAUUUUGUGUAUAAACCUACCGACUCUCCGAAUCUUCCACUUACCAUUUUAGAAUACAUAUGUAUUGGGUGGUUCACAUUUGAAUAUUUAGUCAGAUUUACAAUAUAUCCACGGAAGCGACAAUUCGUGAAAAAAACUCUCAACAUUAUUGAUCUCUCUACAAUUCUUCCAUUUUAUUUGGAAAUCUGUCUCCCACUAUUUGGAGUAGAGUCCCGACUUAAAGAAUUUACAGGUGCAAUGUUGGUUGUUCGAGUUCUUCGAGUUCUACGUAUGGCCAGGGUUUUCAAAUUGGCCAGAUACAGUACAAGUCUGCAGACAUUCGGACACACACUUCAGUCAUCAAUCACAGAAUUGAGCAUGCUGAGCAUGUUUUUGAUCACAGGAAUUGUAUUCUUCUCAACAAUUAUGUACUAUCUUGAGAAAGACGAACCACAUACAGAUUUCUACAGUAUCCCCGCCGGCUGUUGGUGGUGUGUGGUCACAAUGGCUACGGUAGGAUAUGGAGAUGCAAAACCAGUAACAACUCUUGGAAAACUCGUGGCAACUUCUACAUCAAUUUGCGGAAUUAUAGUUUUGGCGUUUCCAAUUUCUAUGAUCGUUGAGAAAUUUGCAACGGCACAGCAAAGAGCAAUCGAGGAUCAACAAAUUCAACAAGGUCAGAAAUCCUUUUUUUUUAAUUUUUGGAAUAAAAUCAUUAGACUGUGUAAACACUUACUAUUAGUGAAUAUACUUUACUAAUUCAAAAAAAAACAAGUUUUCAGAAGUCCCUGAUAUUGUGAUUUGACGAGGUAACACCCAAUUUAAUUUUGUAAACGUUUAUAUAAUUAUUUUUAGCUUUUUUCAUCACCCUUCGGCUUUUCCUACCCCACAAUCACUAAAUCCAAUUUUUAUUUUAAUAUAACCCAAUGCUUCAUUCCUGUAUUUAUUAUUCUUUAUCGGUUAAACUCUUUUUUUUUCAGCUCAAAUGUCAGCAGUGGCUAAUAAUGCUCUCCUCCGACGGUUCCCAACUCGAAGAAAAGUUCGGCGGAAUACAACAGUCUCGGUGAACAAUAUAUAGUCUGGAGAAAAUAAAAAUACAAAAUUUUGAAUACGGGAACUCUUCGUUUCAAUAAAAAC